UCAAAACUGUGGAUUUUAUAUGCAUAUGUCUGAGUAUCUGAUAUGCUUAAGAAAUCCAACUGCAAGAGGAUCUCUAAUUAUGAUUUAGAAAAAAAAAAACGCAGUGGAUCUUUUAUGUAAUUUAGUUCUCAUUCAUGGAGAAGCUCAUUUUGGCCUCAGCCAACAAAGCAUUGUGGCUGUUACAAUUUUAUCACUAUCCUCAGGGAUUUUCUAGUACUUGUUGGUUAUUUCGACCAUAUAUUGGGGAUUUGCUGCAGAUUUGAUCUCAUAAAGUAUAUGCAGAAGCUUUUUUGGGGUCUGCACCAAGUUGUUAUUGCUAAUUAUUAGCAUAGCAUACCUAGGGGCUUCAUUAAUUGAGUAUUCUGGAGUGGAUCUCUCACCAGUAGCAUAACAUCAGUUCACUAUUAGAUUCCCAUAUAAUCCGUGUUAUAUAGUUGUAGUGUUCGAUGUACUUCUUAUUUAGACGGCGAGCUUGUGAUGGAUCCUCUUGCUCUGUGGAAUUUCUUCAAUGCGAGAUCCCAGUUCCUCUCCUAGUUCAUGGUGUUUUCGCAAAGGAGCUUCCUUCGCUUAACUUCAGAACUGGAGUUCUCACAUAUACCAUAUCACCAGUUUACAUAUGCACCUCCACGCAGAAUCAGGAGUUUACCUUGGCAGCAUGAUUUGCUUGAAGAUAGCAUUAGAGCUGCAGGGAUAACUGGAGCAGAAGUUGGUACCAAGUUAUAUGUUUCAAACUUGGAUUAUGGAGUGUCCAAUGAAGAUAUAAGGGAGCUCUUCACUGAGAUUGGGGAUCUGAAACGAUAUGCUGUUCACUAUGACAAGCAUGGUCGCCCUAGUGGUUCUGCUGAAGUAGUGUACACAAGAAGAAGUGAUGCCUUUGCAGCUCUUAAGAAGUAUAACAAUGUGCUGUUAGAUGGAAAGCCCAUGAAAAUUGAAAUUGUGGGUACCACUGCAGAAAUGCCUAUCUCAGCUAGAGUUAAUGUGACUGGAGUAAAUGGAAGGAGGAAGAGGACAGUUGUAAUGACGUCUGGACCAGGUCGCAUGAGAGGCACUGCUCCUCCAACUAACCGUGGUUCUGGUCAGAACCGUCGCGGGGGUUUGAGAAAUGGUAGAGGUCGGCCUGGUGGGCAAGGUCGUGGCCGAGGCCGAGGCCGAGGCCAUGGGAAGAAGCAACCUUUUGAGAAGUCAGCAGAUGAUCUUGAUAAGGAAUUGGAGAACUAUCAUGCUGAAUCCAUGCAAACUUAGUGUUGUUCUGUCUGUUUUGCUUAAUGCUUUUAACUUCACUACUUCAAAUCUCCAGGCUUUAUUGUAAAUGAAGAUGAUGGGUGAUUUUCGGAUCUGGGUUUUAUCAGCUCGAUUAAUUUGCUUAUUUUCAUGUUUGUUUGUGGUUGAUCUGUAUGUACUAAAUGCGAGGCUAGUAAACCUUUACUGCAAUAGAGAUUCCUAUAUCACGAUUUUAUGUGCA